AUGGCUCUUUCCUACAAUCUUCUCUUUACCGCUCUCGCCUUCAGCGCCGUCGUCCUUGCCCAUCCAGGAGGCCGUCACGGAGGUGGUCGUGGAGGACCAGGAGGACACGGAGGACCCCCACCACCACCAUUCCUCCAGAACGUGACCGACGAAGGACGUCAGGCCUUCUUCGCCAUCGUCUCCAACUCCUCGCUCACCAUCGCCGAGACCGAGACCGAGAUCGACUCGUGGGCUUCAACUUACGGCGUCUCGGUAAGAAUUUUCGGUUGACAUUUUGGCUUGACUAAUUGGAAUAUUCUAGGAAGAAGUCAGCGAGUUCAAGGCCAACUUGACUGCCAAGUUGGACGAAAUCAAGCAGAAUGUGACCGCUGUCAUCAGCAAUCUCCCGUCCGUUCAAAGCCAGCUUGAGGCCAUCUUCGCCAACAAGGACCAGACGAGACAGCAGCAAAAAGAAGCCAUUGAGCAGUUGAAGCAGCAGUACCCACAGGAAGUCGGCGUGCUCUUCUUCUUGGCCGCUCCGAAGGGACCAAAGGGAGGACCAGGAGGACAAGGACCGUUCGGAGGAUUCCCAGGAAACCAGGGAGGUAGCCAGGGAGGAUUCGGAGGAAACCAAGGUGGAUUUGGUGGACAACAACAGGGAGGAAAUCAGGGAGGACGCGGAAACUUCGGACGCUUCUAA